AUGGUGAUUUUCGCGCAGGAAGCUGGAUUGAUGGAAGAGGAGAAAAAGACAGCCGUACGGAUACGGUACGGUGGAUGCUCGGGGGGGCGGCAAGGUGUGGCCCAGUGGAGCUCCCCUGCAAGAGCAAAAGGUGCAGGGAGCCAGUGGAAGCUAGGACUUUACGGGCACUGGCCAGCACUGGCUGUACUGGUUGGGCGAAGAGGCGCUUGGGGGUGCUCGAUCUGCCAGCACAGCGAAUUGGGGACUGGGGCAACAGGCGCUGCCCAUUGGCCGGAUCAAUUAGAGUGGUGCAGAUGUAUUUUUUACGGUAUGGAGCUCAGCGGGCCAACCAGAAAGGACCAUUUAAGGGGUGUGAGCAGGGGACGCAGCGACAGGGGCGCCAGGUUUAGGCCAAAGUUAGGCAUCCGAACUCAAGUGCUGGGAAGUACCUGGAACGUCUGGUCAGGCGGACAACUGGGGUUUGAUCAGAAGUCGCCGCGACUUCUCAUUCGCACCUUGCUUUCCACGCUACUAGGUGCUGGAACAUCGACGCGUAUCACUUUCGAGAUCAUGAGCAUUGCGCUGUCUACGUACGCCACUGGUUAACGACGAUGUGAUGUGAGAUUUUCAUGGCAGACCUGUCAGGCCAAGAGAAUCGUCAAGAUCAAUCGAACACGCUGUUUUACACUGUGAGCCUAGACUCAGGGGGACGAAGAGGAAGAAAGAAAGCACAAAAUGUGGUGUGGCUUUGGCAGAAAGUCUCCAGAUGCAAUCCAGCGGUCUGGCGUGUCGGAGCUCCGUCAGUACCAGUCGUGUGGCACUGCAAUAAAUACAGGAUCGUCAGCCUAGAAGUGGAAAUUUCAUCAAGACACGACACGCGAUCUCAAAUUUGGGCCUGCUACUGCCGGCGGAGUUCGCAUGGACGAGGG